AGCAUAUUUUGCUUUCAGUUUGACAGCGGCAGGAUGCUAUAAAUCUGAUUUGAAGCAACAGCAUCACUGUGAAGGAACCAGUGUUCCUAUCGCAGGACAGAGACGACUUGGAGUCUGAGUGUUGUUAAGAACUCAAGAUGAGUCAUGUGUUUGUGUGGAUGGGUCUCCUGGCACUGACACUUCUUCAUUGUGGCUCUGCCUUUAAGGUGGUUUGUUAUUUCACCAACUGGUCUCAGUAUCGGGAAACUACAGGGAGGUUCACCCCUGAAAACAUUGAUCCAAGUCUCUGCAGCCACAUCAUUUAUGCUUUUGCCAAAAUAGAAGACAAUGUGAUUGCCAAUUCUGAAUGGAAUGAUGCAACUAUGUAUAAGAAAAUCAACAGUCUUAAAUCCAGAAAUCCCAGUUUGAAAACUCUUCUGUCUGUUGGUGGCUAUGGCGUGGGUACUGCACCCUUCAGAAGAAUAACAAGAUCUCCAUUCUACCGCUCAGAAUUUGUGAUUUCAGUGGUGCAGUUUCUUCAACAACAUAAUUUUGAUGGCUUAGAUCUUUCUUGGCACGGUGCAGAACAGAGUGACAAAGAACGUUUAUCUGACCUGGUCAAGGAUCUGUCUGCAGCAUUUAACAAUGAAGGGAUGCAAAAAUUCAUACUGAGUGUUUCAGUACCUGCUGGAAAGGAAGCCAUUGAUAAAGGCUAUGAUAUAAAGACUAUCUCAGAGUAUGUAGAUUUCCUUAACGCCAUGACCUAUGAUUUUCAUGGUUACUGGGAAGAUAACAGCCAUCCAUACACCGGCCAUGGAAGCCCCCUUCAAAAGGGCCAUGCUGACUCUGGCAGUGCCUCCGCUUAUAAUGUGGACUAUGCUGUGCAUUUUUUAAAGACAGAAGGUGCUCCACUUCAGAAGAUCGUCAUGGCAAUUCCCACACAUGGGCGCACUUUCACUCUUUCUUCUGCACAGACAGUGGUUGCGGCCCCAGCCUCUGGUCCUGGUACACCUGGAGCUUUCACAAAGAAAGCAGGAACGCUGGCCUAUUACGAGAUCUGCAGUUUUAACCAUGGUGCCACGAAGAGGUGGAUUGAGGAGCAAAGCGUCCCCUACUCCUAUAAAGGGAACCAGUGGGUAGGAUAUGAAGAUACCAGAAGUGUUCAGAUCAAGGCUCGCUAUGUGAAGAGCAAUCACUUGGGAGGUGUUAAUAUUUGGUCCCUUGACCAAGAUGAUUUUUCAGGUUCUUUCUGCAACGAGGGAAAAUAUCCACUGCUUGGGGCUAUUAAAAUGGAACUGGACAAGCGGGAAUAAUCUUGAACAGCAAGAGAAGCCCAAAUGGAUCACGCUUUUAUUCUAGCAAUGAAUGUAAAUGACCAGCUUACCAUGUAGGAAAUAUAGGGAAGGCUCGCUUGAUUCUUAAAUUCAUGAAAAACACUGAAACUUGGAGAAGAGUUCUGUUUCUUGCUGUUGCUCUCAGUAGAACUGGGAAGUUCUGGGAGUCAUGAACCCUGUUCCAGCUCUGAGAAAAUGCUACAGAAAGACAACCCGUGAUUAGUUUUGUGUUACUGUGUGACUCAUGUUGCUCAUUCCUCACUCCAUCUUCUGUUGUUGUAGUCUGAAUAUAUUAUUUCCACCUGUAUCGCCACCCAGUGUUGCAGGCUUCUCUCACAGUUCCCAGCUUCACUGAUUACAGAGACUGAUGCUGAGUUUUGUUCCUUGCUGCCUUAAAACUAAUGUGCAAUAAAUGAAAAGAAAUGGUAAUUUGUCCCUUGGUUUUUAAAUAUAUUCAUAAUGAUUUCAAUAAAACAUUUCUUGCCUUA